UGACAAUACUACUGUCAUUUACAAAUAUUUUAAUUCUUAAACUAUCAAUGUAGCUUUAUUUUAUUUGUUUACAUAAUUUCUUUAUAAAAAUUAUAUGAACUAGAUUAUUCGAAUUUUCGUAAUUAUGCCACUACCAUUUAUACUACAUACCCAUGAAGAACUUCAUCCCAAUUUGUUCCGAAGACAGAUUACGUUGCACUCUCCUACACGUCGUUUUUUGACGCCGUUCAUUAAGACAUCUGAUUGGGAAUGUUAUCCACUAUCUCGACCAAUUGACUGUAAUCCUUUAUGUCCAGAAAAGUAUAGCCUUUCCAGAUCCCACUAUAAUCGUCUUGGUAUCGAAACUGACGAAGACUGGAGUACAGCUACUAAAGAUAUGUUUAAAUAUCAAGAGAAUAAGAAAAGGAACGAUUUGGAAGUGAAUCCGGAUAAAUCUCUUGUUAAUUUCUUUACGAGUGUUAAAGAAGAAGGUCCUCCAAUCGAACUUCGACGAAAAGAUUGUAUACCUUUAGUUACAACCAUGCAGUAUUGUUAUCCAUCUCACUUCCCGAAAUCUGCGAAAAAAACUCCAAAACCAGAACCUCCAUUUCUCACCAAUAGAAAACUUGCUAUGGUACCAGGAAAGUUUAUUGAUGAAAAUUACAUGAGUAACUUGAAGCAAUUGCAAUGUAAUAAGAUAAAGAGACAUAUAUCGUACGAUCCCAUGAAAGAUGUUUAUACUGAUGGUAAACCUGCUAUUUCUCCAUCCCAUAAUAUAGCAGAAGAUUAUCAAGAACUUCUGAAACGGUACCAAAUAUAA